CAGAAUAUCGCGUAAAUAACUUGGGACGGAGUUGCUAAACACUGCCACGAGUGAACGUGACCGAUUUUACAGAUUUAAACCUGGUUGUAGUCAUUUAAAAGCCGUUAUGGCUUCAGGGGAAGGAUUUAAGGUAUCAUCUUUGAAAGACAAAGUGACUUUGAUCACAGGUGCCAGCUCGGGCAUCGGGGCAGGGACAAGCAUCAUGUUCGCUAAACUUGGUGCCUUGCUCGCAUUGAACGGGCGCGACGUGGAAAACCUCACCAACAUAGCAAAACAGUGCACGGACCUGGGUGCUGCGGAGCCCUUGCUUGUACCAGGGGACCUGACCAACGAGGACACCGUAAAGAAGACAGUGGAACUGACCAUUGCCCACUUUGGCCGGCUGGAUGUGCUGAUCAAUAGCGCUGGCAUUCUGGCCAUGGGCAGCAUUGAGACAGGUGACCUGGCUCAGUAUGACAAGGUCAUGAACGUCAACGUCAGAUCAGUGUACCAUCUGACUCAGCUGUGUGUGCCCCACCUCAUCAGGACUAAGGGUUCUAUUGUCAAUGUGUCCAGUGUCAACGGGCAACGAUCAUUCCCAGGUGUCCUUGCCUAUUGUAUGUCCAAGUCCGCUAUUGACCAAUUCACACGAUGCAUAGCACUUGAGCUAGCGUCGAAGCAGGUGCGAGUGAACUCUGUCUGGUAUGUCAAGUCUGUUUUGAUACUUAAUUAUUAUUUGUUAUGUAGUUAUUACCACCAUAUUGAUCUCUCUCUCUGUCUUUCCCCUUCCAGUCCUGGUGUGAUCAUAACAGAUGUCCACAGGAGAGCAGGCCUGGAUGAGGAGCAGUAUGCUCAGUUCCUUGAGAAGUGUAAGCAGACCCACGCCCUGGGGAGACCAGGUGAGGUAGAGGAGGUGGCCCAUGCCAUAGCCUUCCUGGCGUCAGAUGCUGCCACCUUCAUUACCGGGGUCAACCUACCUGUGGAUGGGGGGCGCCACGCCAUGUGUCCAAGAUAAUAUCCUGUGACAUGAUCAUUGACUGGCAGCCGAUACAAACCUGAACUGUCUCCCUUGGUUUGUGUUAUUUAAAAAAUUAUAUAUUUUGAGUCUAGACAGACAGAAUAUAAUGAAAUGUAUAGUAUGCCCUAGUAUGCUAUAAAAGUGAAAUCAUGUCAAGAUCCUUUAGUUCUUCUGUGUUCAACUAGAUGACUGUACGCUUAGAUGGGAGAUUGGGUUUCAAACUGGAACAUGAGUGCCCUCGUGGUGAAGAUGUGAAGUGUAAGAAUUUUUACACUUUAAAAGGGAAAACUUUUCAUAUUUCAGUUGCAAUAAUACAUUAGCUAUUUUACAACAACAACAAAAAGCCUCGGUGUAUGCACUAUGAUAAUAAUGAAUUCAAUAUUUUAUUGACAACUUUUAUUGAAAACUAACUCCGUUCAAGGUGUCUUUGUAGCUAACAAUUUAAAAUGUUAAAACACAAUGGUCUUUUUGGGUUUCAAAUAUUUAUUGAACACCUGAAUGUUGAAGAAAAGGAAAGUGAAAACUAGAAGCUGCAAUAUUUUGAAGCAGAGGAUCUGCAAAGAUGAAUGAAUGAGCAUUAUAACCACUAACAUCUAUCCCUUAACCUAAACAAAAAUCUGCUGUCUGACUCAGAUGUGUUAAAGUAAUGAAAUAAAUGCAAAUGGAGGGCUCUGA